GUGUUAAAUCAACUCUGUGCUGCACAGUGUUAGACACCUGAAUUAGGUUGAUUUAGAGUAUUUUGUUAUUGGCAAACGUAAAAAUGCAUUUAAAUUAAUAAACGCAACAGCACCGAGUUGCCCGAGGAUGUGCCUGACUUUAAAUUAGCUUUACUAAAUAUCAGCCUGCCGAUAUAUAAAUAACGAUAAAUAUCAUCCCGAUAUAUCGGCCGACCCCUAAUCCAAACCAAACAUCUGCACACACUGAAAUAAAAUCCAAAUGACUCAUUACGUUAGUAGUUUAAUUAAAAUAACACACUGGUAGUUUAACUUGAUGUGAAUUUUUUUAGAUAAUUUAUUUUUAGAAAUUUGACAAAACCUGUUUUUUGUUUUUUCUUUCUAGUGAAAUUUUGCUCCAAAGCCAGCCAUUUUCUUCCCAGCUUUAAUCAUUUGUCAUCUUUAUUUACUCCUGGGCCUUCUGCCUAAACCAACACAGGCUCCUUGUGUAAAUGCUGCAGCACACCCUGGGAAGGAAACUCGUGGAAGCGGUCAGCUACUGACUGGUUUCAUCCCAACACGUCGCUGUUUUUUCCGGCUGAUUUUCUCUGAUUUCCCCUUUUGCGCAGAAUGAAACGGGACUGUGACAGGUGACGAUGGAAACCCGGCCAACCGGUUGGACCGUGCGCACCUGGAACCAGGAGGGAGAUGGGACCAAGCUGCUUAAGGGAAAACCAGCUGACAAGGCAAAUAUGCACGUGCACGAUCUGUUCCACGAGGAUGCACAGGGUUUUCACCAGGCGUGCCAACCAUGGUGGAAGAUCAAGCUGUUUGUGUGGGAGCCGGUGCUUUUUGGAACCUGGGAUGGAGUUUUCACCACCUGUAUGAUCAACAUCUUUGGUGUGGUGCUGUUUCUGCGCACUGGCUACCUGGUGGGGAACACGGGCGUGCUGCUAGGGCUGCUCCUCGUCUCCAUGGUCGUGUUGGUUGCCUUGGUGACAGUCAUGUCAGGGAUUGGAGUUUGUGAGCACUGUGGUGUUGGGGGUGGAGGGAUCUACUCUAUGAUCUCCACCGUCCUGGGGGGCAGGGUGGGGGGCACUGUUGGCCUCCUCUAUGUGUUUGGACAGUGUGUCGCUGGAGCCAUGUACAUCACAGGGUUCUCAGAGUCCGUAGCUGAGCUGCUGGGUCUGCAGAACCAGUGGGCAGUGCGCUGCAUGUCUGCAGCUGUGCUCCUGGCUCUGCUUGGAAUCAACCUGGCAGGUGUGAAGUGGAUCGUCAGACUCCAGCUGCUGCUAUUGGCCGUGCUGGCCGUCUCCACUCUAGACUUUGUCAUUGGCGCCUUCACGCACCUCGAUCCAGAGCACGGAUUCAUUGGGUAUUCAGCCGAGCUUCUGAGCAGUAACACAAAACCAGAUUAUACUUCAGGAGAAACCUUCUUCACAGUAUUUGGGGUCUUCUUCCCCGCUGCCACAGGGGUAAUGGCAGGUUUCAACAUGAGCUCCGACCUGCAGCGACCAGAACACAACAUUCCCGUGGGAACACUGGCAGCAGUUUUCACCUCGUGGUUCCUGUAUCUGGUCUUUGUCUUCCUCCUGGGGGCCAUCUGCACCAGAGAAGCUCUGCGUUAUGACUUCUUGAUAGCAGAAAAGGUCUCCUUGGUAGGUUUCCUCUUUCUGCUGGGCCUCUACAUCUCCUCCCUGGCUUCCUGCAUGGGCGGCCUGUACGGAGCACCCAGGAUCCUCCAGUGCAUUGCCCAGGAGAGGGUCAUCCCGUCACUGGCCUUCUUAGGAAGAGGGAAAGGCCCAAACAAGACCCCAGUGGCGGCCAUUUGUCUGACCAGCCUGCUGACUAUGGCCUUCAUUUUUAUUGGUCAGGUCAACAUUCUGGCACCGAUCGUUACCAUCAACUUCAUGCUCACCUACAGCUUUAUUGACUACUCCUACUUCAGCGUUGCCAUGACCUUCCUGCUUCAGACCAAACAGAAGAGGAAGGCCCUGAUCUCAGGUAGCCGAAGUCGCCACAGGUCCACCAAGCAGAGCUCCAAACCUCUGAUCGACUCUAGCCUCCCGAGUUACGGUAGUGGAGGUGAGAGUCCGCGAGGUAAAGGGACUCUGCUGGAGUUCACUAAAGACAUGGACCAGAUCUUUCCACCUGCUUCAAAGCCCGAUUCGGUGUUUGAGACGACUCCCUCAAGGCAAGAGCUGAGCAGCAGAUCUGCUGCUAAGCAGAAACUGAUGGACAGCUUUGGUCUGGACCAGAACAGCAACGUGUCCACAGAGGAGAGAAGUUCAACUCCACCUGAAGAAGGAGAUGAAACGCAGAGCAGAGAGGAUGAGGGAGUCAAGAAUGGAGAUCAGCCUCAGGUCGAAUGUCAAACAGGAAUAUAUUUUGUGGGAUGUGAUUCAUCAGCAGCUGAAUGUCCCAAUCACAGCUCAGGCGAUGGAGAAAAAUCCGAGCAUUUUGAAAUCCGACCCAUGAAGGAUUCCGUCUACACAAAGUUCUGUAACCACUGGAUUGCUCUUUUUGGGGCGCUGAGUUCCGUAUUGAUCAUGUUUGUUAUCCAGUGGGUUUACGCUUUAGCAAACAUCCUAGUUGCGCUGCUGCUCUUCUUCUACAUUGGAAAAACAAGUCCUGGAUUACCUAUAGGUAUUGCAGCUCAGUUCAGCUUUUUUACAUGGCUGAAGUCAAUACUUGGUAGCAUGUGCAGGAAGAGAGGAUCUCCUCGUGAUGAGAUCGUAGUGACACCUUCUCUGUCUGGCAUCGGACUCCAAACCAAGCAGCUAACUGAAGAAAACGCUGAUUUCGCUUCUCGCCACCGCUAUCACCAGUCCUCCUUUAUCAUUGCAGAUGAUAUAGUACAAUCACCAUGAUGGACUCAAACACUGCUGUAACAUGUUACAUGUCUGUAGCUGACUGGCUGAAACCACGUUUUCUCUCACUGAGCCUCGUAUUGUUUUGUGGUUCACUUGUUUCUGUGGCUUUCAGUUGCUCAGGUAUGUUCCUCAUAGGGUUUCAGGGAAACUUGAGCUUUACUUUGAGUUGCACAAAAGAUGUUUGUGUAUGAGAUAAAUAACAACCCUUUGGGUUCUGGGACUAUUUUUAUAUAAAUUAAAGCUGAAUUUUCUUAUUUACUCUGAGUAGAAUAUCAAAAUAUCUUCAGUCUUGCAUAUUUCUUUUUUCUGAAAUCUUUCUAGUGUUUUUGUGGCGAUAUGAUCUACUUGUAUACUGGUACACAAACAUUUGAUUAAAAUACUUAUGCACA